AUGAGGGACAAACAGGAAACACAGACACACCACAAACAAACACAAAACGCACACGGUGCUGUGUGUUGCCUCUGGGGGCUGUGGUGUUUGCAUUGUGCUGUUAUCUGAGAGAUGGGUCAAUGACCUGUUUACUCCCAAGAUCCUGACAGCGAGAGCGAAAAAGAGCCUGCACGAUAGACAGACUGGGAGACAGAGACACAGACAGACAGCAAAAGAGAGAGACAUCGAGAGCAAAACAGGGUGAGAGAAAAAGACGAGACAACAAGAGAAACUGAGAGCUACCGAUAGAGGAUGCCGGGUGUAGCUGUGCUGGUGUCGGUGUUGGUGAUGGUGACGGUGGCUCUUGAGGCCACACACCCUGACAUGAGCCACUGUACCUCGCGGCUGAGUGAGUUGCCGGGGCAGCCGCUGUGCCAGUACAGGGCCCCUGGCCAGCGGGGCCCACAAGCCGCGGGCCCCCCAAAUACCAAUCCCCGGCUCUGGGCGCUGUCCAAUGCCAACACCCAAUUCGCCCUGCGGCUGUACCAGCACCUAGCGGACGCCACGCCUGUCAACAACAUCUUCCUGUCGCCACUCAGCAUCUCCACGGCCUUCGCCAUGACCAAGCUGGCUGCCUGCGGAGAUACCCUGCGCCAGCUCACAGAGGUGUUUAAGUUUGACACGAUCGCAGAGAAGACCUCGGACCAAACUCAUUACUUUUUUGCCAAACUGAACUGCCGGUUUUACCGUAAAAUCAACGGCUCCUCCGAGCUGGUGUCUGCAAACAGGCUGUUUGGGGAGCAGUCUCUGAACUUCAACCAGACUUUCCAGAACAUCAGCCAGGCCGUGUACAACGCCAAGAUCAUCCCUGUCAACUUCAAGUACCAGCCGGAGCAGGCUCGGGCGGUGAUUAAUGGCUGGGUGGCUGAGCACACAGAGCAGCGGAUCCAGGACGUGGUGCCAGAGAAUACCCUGACUUCCAACACCGCACUGGUGCUCGUCAACGCCAUCUACUUCAAGGGCUGGUGGAAGUCCACGUUUAAUAAGGAAGUCACGACCGUCAUGGAUUUUUACAGGAACGCCACGAGUCACUGCAAGACGCCCAUGAUGUACCAGAGCUCAUCCUUUAGGUUCGGCAGGUUCCCCGCAGAUGGGGUGAAGGUAAUAGAGCUGCCGUACGGCACAGGGAAGGUCACCAUGGUGCUAGUGCUGCCGCUGCCCAGGGUCUCGCUGUUUGAGGUGGAGAGUAAGCUGAACACUGAGAAGCUGGACCUGUGGCUGUCCAGCCUGCGCUCGCAGACUGUGGACCUCACACUGCCCAAGUUCCGUGUCCAGACCUCCUUCAGUGUGAAGGAAUCGCUGCAGGAGAUGGGGCUCCUGGACCUGUUCAACCCGGAGAAAGCCAACCUGCAGGGAUUGGUCGAUGGAUUAAGUGAUGGUCUCUACGUGUCUGACGCUUUUCACAAAGCUUUUCUGGAGGUGAAUGAGGAGGGCAGUGAGGCGGCAGCAGUGACCUCAGUGUACAUGACGGGCCGCUCGCUCCGGCCAGGAGUGGAGACCUUCAUGGCAAACAUUCCCUUCCUGCUCUUCAUACGCGAGGUCAGCAUCAACAGCAUCGUCUUCAUGGGACGCAUCUCUGAUCCGUGUGACAGCAUCUAGUGAGGUCCCAGAACAGGGCUGACCCUCAUCCUCACCCCAGCCUCCCCCACCCUCCCUCACUCCUUCAACUGCACCAUCCCACCCUCACUGUCACCCCCCCACCCCCCUACACCCAAACCC